CCGCGCGCUGGAGUCCGAAAGUGGCCCGCUACAGUAGCCUAACUUGGAGGAGGAUCCAGGGAGGGACGGGUGCUGGCCCUUAGACGCCUGGAGGUCUGAUCCCGUAACACUUUCAGGGCUCUGGCCCUGUGUUCCAUUGCCUUAGCUAGUGUCGGAGUGCGCCUUUGAACCAGCGUGCCACAGUUUCUAAAUCUGGUCCUAAACAGUCUCCUAGCUGCGUGACCUCCAGGAAGUGAUUUAGCCUCUCAGAACCUCCCUUUUCCCAGCUGUAAGACAGUAGUAGUACCUAGGGCUAAGUAAGUGUUGUGAAAUGUGAGGCCAAACCAACUAGUUCCAAUCCCAGCUCUAGUGAUCUAAUUGUGCCUUGGACAGACAUUUAAUUCAUUUUCCUUAUGUGUAAGAUGAGAAUGAUAAUUAUUUCAUGGGUUUUUUUUUUUCAAGAUCAAAUGAAAUGUCUUUCGUACAUUAUCUGACACAUAGCCUUCAAUGUGUGUCGAUAAACAGAAAUAGUAGUAUUUUCUACUCUGAUUCGUCACAGUUGUGAAGGCAGGCGAACUGGAAAAUUGGAUUUCCAAGCUUUGCACUAUGUUUUUUUCACAUCUCUUGCCUAGACAGGCAGAUAUAUUGGAAAGGAGUGCACCUCCAAAAAAAAAAAAAAAAAAAAUAUUGGCCAAACAGACUCCUUGUAACUCAGUUUCCCCUUUCCAUAGUUGUGAUCACCAUGAAGAUUUUCUACGUUUUUCGCUGUUUCUGAACCUAUUGUAGCCCUUGGUUCUGUUGCCACUCAUAUAGAUUUAACUUGAUGUGUGCCAGAUCCUUUGCUAGUCAUGAAGAUUCAAGACGCCCUACUAGCGUUCAGAGAGUUCAGUGUAGAAGAGCAGGACACCUUAUUAAAAUGCAGAUUCUGAUCCUAUAGGUCGGGGGUAAGACCCGGGAUUCUGCAUUUCUAACAAGCUCCCAGGUGAUGCUGAUGAAGCUGAUCCGUGAACAGCACUUUGAGUAGCAAGAUGUAGAGGAUUUAACAAACUAGUGGGUGGUGGGUGGCUGCAGGCAAAAGGCAAAGUCCGGGUUAACUGCCUGAAAACUUGAGGUGGUCCCCGCCCCUUUGCUUGCUGAGGUUCCCUCCCAGGAAUCCGACACGUGACGUGACGGGUGGGACAGCCCUCACAGAGCAGAAGAACCCUGUAAAUGCGUGGCUGUGAAGAUGCCUCCUGACCUGCCUUCCCUGCCGCCGAAGCUUGUGAUGCUGCUAUUGCUGCUGCUGCCCCUGCCGCUGGCCCAGGCAGAAACUCGCUCCUUCGUCGUGGAUCGGCAACAUGACAGAUUCCUCCUGAACGGGGCCCCGUUCCGCUAUAUUUCUGGCAGCCUGCACUACUUUCGCGUACCGCCGGUACUUUGGGCCGACCGGCUUCUCAAGAUGCAAAUGAGCGGCCUCAACGCUGUACAGUUUUACGUGCCCUGGAACUACCAUGAGCCAGAGCCUGGGGUCUAUAACUUUAACGGGAGCCGGGAUCUCAUUGCUUUUUUGAAUGAGGCAGCUAGAGCGAACCUGUUGGUCAUACUGAGACCAGGACCUUACAUCUGUGCAGAGUGGGAGAUGGGAGGCCUCCCAUCUUGGCUGCUUCGAAAACCUAAUAUUCAUCUGAGAUCCUCAGAUCCAGACUUCCUUGCUGCUGUGGACUCCUGGUUCCAGGUCUUGCUGCCCAAGAUAUAUCCAUUUCUCUACCACAAUGGGGGCAACAUCAUUAGCAUUCAGGUGGAGAAUGAGUAUGGUAGCUACAAGGCCUGUGACUUCAAGUACAUGAGACACUUGGCUGGCCUCUUCCGGGCAUUGCUAGGAGACGAGAUCUUGCUCUUCACCACAGAUGGGCCUCAAGGACUCAGAUGUGGUUCCCUCCCAGGACUCUAUACCACUAUAGAUUUUGGCCCAGCUGACAACAUGACCAAACUCUUUGCCCUGCUUCGGAGUUAUGAACCCCAUGGGCCACUGGUGAACUCUGAGUACUAUACAGGCUGGCUGGAUUACUGGGGCCAGAAUCACUCCACCCGAUCCAGUACAUCUAUCGCCCAGGGACUAGAAAAAAUGCUCGAGUUGGGAGCCAGUGUGAACAUGUACAUGUUCCAUGGAGGGACUAACUUUGGAUACUGGAAUGGUGCUGACGAGAAGGGACACUUUCUUCCAAUUACUACCAGCUACGACUAUGAUGCACCCAUAUCUGAAGCAGGGGAUCCCACACCUAAGCUUUUUGCACUUCGAAAUGUCAUCAGCAAGUUCCAGGAAAUUCCCUUGGGACCUUUACCUCCCCCCAGCCCCAAGAUGAAGCUUGGACCUCUGACUUUGAGCCUGGAUGGGAAUUUGCUGUCUUUCCUAGACUUUCUCUGCCCCCACGGCCCCAUCCGUUCCGUUUUGCCGUUGACCUUUGAGGCUGUCAAGCAGGAUCACGGCUUUAUGCUGUACCGGACCUAUCUGACUCACACUAUUUUUAAACCAACACUAUUCUGGGUGCCAAAUAAUGGAAUUCAUGACCGUGCCUAUGUGAUGGUGGAUGGGGAACUGAUGGGUGUUCUGGAGCGGAAUUUGAAAAAUGAACUAUAUUUGACUGGGAAAGCAGGGGCCAAGCUGGAUAUCUUGCUAGAGAACAUGGGGAGGCUCAGUUUUGGGUCUAACCACAGUGACUUCAAGGGCCUGUUAGAGCCACCGCUUCUGGGGCAGACGAUCCUCACCGAGUGGAUGAUGUUCCCUCUCAAAGUUGAUAAGCUUGUCAGGUGGUGGUUCCCCCUGCAGCUGAUGAAGAGAGCCCAGCCUCCGCCUGCCUCUGGCCCCGCCUUCUACUCCACCACAUUUACAGUGCUAGGCAAACUUGGGGACACAUUUCUCUAUCUACCCGGAUGGACGAAGGGCCAAGUAUGGAUCAAUGGGUUUAACUUGGGCCGGUACUGGACAAAUCGGGGUCCACAACAGACCCUAUAUGUGCCAAGACUUCUGCUGUUUGGUAGAUCUGUCAACAAAAUCACAUUGCUGGAGCUAGAAAACGUGCCUCAGGAGCCCCAAAUCCAAUUUUUGGAUACACAUAUCCUCAAUAGCACUUUGCAUUGGGGAUAUGCCUAUUUUCUCCCAGAAACACAAGGUUCAUAUGAACCAAUGGAGUUAAGUGGGCACUGAAAGAAAGAUGACCCUUGAAUCUGGGCACAGGGCAGGAGCUUUUGGUGUGGCCACAGUGACCAUAAAGAAUCAAAGGCUACAAUCCCUCUGAAUGUAAGUACAGAUACAGUUUUCUUGCCAAACUUUAUUGUGAUUAAAAUUCCAAAGACAGGACGGCUCCCCACACCUCUGGGGCCCUGCCCUUGCCCUUGUUCCUGAGUCCUUCACCCCCAUCUUCCACAUAAUCUCGAGCUUCGUGAGGAGGAAGAGAAACUCUAGGUCUGAAUGUGUCCUCUCAGGGCCUAGAGUUGGCCCCAGAUGGUAUAAGAAAUCAGGAAGAAGGCCUCCCUGCCUGACUUCGAUGGUCUCGGAGGCAACGUGUGGAGCAGAAAGAGAAGUCGAGGUAGUGAAAGGGAACGAGGCCUUGGAGGGACACGCCACAACUCCAACAGCGUCUAAAGAAAAGGAAGACAAAUGACUGCACAGAUACCCCACAACUGUCCCGUCUCAGCUUUGCCCAGCCCUUAAAGAUCCCAGAGAGCCUCAAGUCCCCUCCAUGAUCCUUCUCAACACCACGAAGGCCCUCAUUCCUCAUCCCCCGAGUGACCCCUAUGACCCAGGAGCCCACCCUUUCAUUCCCUGGCCCCCGUACCCAGCACUGACAGCCGCAGAGUCAGGAACUGGAGGGCUAGGGGCUCCCAACUGGGCAGCGAGUCGGCGUUCUGCAGCCAGGGCCCUCUGGAAACCAGAAUCGAAGUUAAAGAAGAGUCCGCAGGGGUGAAGCGCACACGCAGGAGGUGACAGCUCACUCCGGGGAGGGGAGGUAUGGCCUCACCUUCUCUCGGUCACUGAGGGCAGCAAAUCGCCGCUGCUCUUCCUGCUCCUGCUCUUCCUGUUCCCUCUGCUUCUGCUGCUGCUGCUCCCGCUGCCGGCGGGCCGCCUUCUGCUCCUUCUUCCUUGCGGCCUGGCGGGCCUCCAUUUCUUGAGUCAGUGGCCCUGGCACCUGGAGGAUUUCCCAAAGAUACUGUAAAACUGUAAGGACCCGGUGAGGAUCCGAUGCCCUCCCAUUCUGCCGCUCCUUUUCCAGCUCACCCGAGCCUUGUUGUAAUCAUAGGCAUCAAGAUUCUUCUCCAUGAACCUUCGGAAUUCAUUCCGUGUGGAUUUGUCAGCUGCCACGGUAUAAGGUGGCCGAGCCCUAGAGUCCCUAAGGACAAAAACCCAAAACCGAGUUCAACUUGCCUUCUGCUUUUUCUGACAUCACCCAAGGAAAUAGUAUCAGGUGCCAACAGGAGCCCCCACCACAUUAUGCUCAGGAUGGAGAUAUACUUACUGUAUAGUAGGGUCAGCACCUGCCUCCAACAGAAGACGGACUACUAAGCCUCUUCCGGCUGCGGCCGCUGCAUGCAGGAGAGUAAAGCCACCAGAGCCCAAAGGGGCAUUGAGUAGGGACCUAACUCCAGGAUCGACAGGUCCAGUAGCGAGCUGGAGCUUUAGCACCUCAACUUCCCCAGCUCGGCAAGCCGACAGAAGCAUGUCCCAGAGCUCUGGCUGGUCAGGGGCUUUGGCUGUAACCACUUGGUCUGCCUGUGAGAGGGGCUGGUCUCGAGGUUGCUGAAGAAGAGUCACGUGUGUCCCACACUGCUGGCCUUGACUCCUCUCCUUCUUUUUCCUCCUCCUCCGCUUGGGCAACACCUCAAACUCACGAAGAUCCAGGGUCCCCAGUGUCAAUUCUACUAGCUCCAACUCUACUUGGGAGCCAUCUUCUUCCUGAGACUCUGAACCUAGGGAAAAAUAUGAUGUUAGAUCUAUCUAAAGAAUAGGGAGAGGGUGGAAGGCUGUGGGCGUCCUCAGAUGGGUUUACAUUUAUAAAAAGAUACUCAGAUCAUCCUGAAA